AUGAAUUUUGGAAAACCAAGAAGUGGCUCAUCCGGAUCAACUUGGGAAAAACUUAAAAAGUCAAUAUACCCAACAAAUAAAGCAGAAAGAGAGAAGAGGAAGAAGCAAUUUCUAGAUGUUGCAAUUUUUGUCGCUUCUAUUGUGGUUGUUAGUGUCUUUGAAAAAAAGAUUCAAACUCUCCUUAAAGUUGAUAAAUCAGAAUUAACUUAAUUCAGCAACAUGUAGUAAUCAAUGCACGCAGCCUAUUGA